UCGGUGGCGCGUGAGCUCAGGAAAGCAUUUCGAAGGACUAAAAUGAGCUUUUGUCUGUCGUCUGUUACAAGAAAAAUACCCAAACGUUGUUUUCACACAAGUUGAUUGCGCCACGUCUCCGGAAAGAAGAAAAACAGCGUCAACUGCUGCAGCGACCGAAGCUUUGAUUCACAGGAACUCUGACACACGCAGCAGCAAAAACAUUUCACACUGGAAAACUGUCAGGAGACACAGCAGUGAAACAUCAUGACGACGCUGCUGGACCUGAAGAGUAGUGUGCUGCGGCAGGUGCAGAGGAGCCAGUCACUGAGGAGCCGCAGGGAGCCCCCGCCUGCUGCCAGCAGCCCCCUCACACACUGUCCUGACCCCUUACCUCGCAGGAUUUCCGAGGAGAGCGUGGAGUUCUUUGAGCGUAUGAAUGCCAUCCUUCAGAAACAGGAGAACAUGCUGCGGGCUGCCCAGGCUGAGAGCCAAAGAGGGGCCUGCACAGUGCCGCCGCCCCAAGAGCAUGUGGAGCAAGCCUUUAUCCCUGACAGAAUCAGCAGGACAGAGCUGGACCUGCUUUAUGAGGAAGCUGUGUACACGGUGGUCAACAGGGUCGGAGUGGCUUCAACAGAACAUGUGAAAAGUGACGAAGAGCUGUUUGCGUACCUGCUAAAGGUGUUUGAUAUGGGCGAAGAGGAACAUGACAUCAUUCUCCAAAAAGUUCAAGAAUCCAAGCGAGCCAGUUUUUCCUUGAGAGUCUCUGUUAUGAAAGCAAAGAACCUGAUGGCCAAGGAUGCAAAUGGUUACAGCGACCCCUACUGCAUGCUGGGAAUCCUGGUGGGCCAGAGCCCCCGGGAGAUGGAGGAGAAGAAGGAGAGAAAGUUCAGCUUCAGGAAGAGGAAGGAGAAGUUGGAGAAACGCUCCAGCACCAAGGAAGUGUUACCCGCCCGGUGCAUCCAGGUGACCGAGGUCAAACCGGAGACUCUCAACCCGGUGUGGGACGAGCACUUUGUGUUUGAAAUAGAUGAUGUCCACAAUGACCUGUUACAUCUGGACAUAUGGGAUCAUGAUGAUGAUGUGUCUGUCGCCGAGGCUUGCAAAAAGCUCAAUGAAGUCAGUGGACUUCGAGGAAUGGGCAGAUAUUUCAAGCAGAUAGCGAAGUCAGUGCGUGCCAAUGGAUCUGCAUCCUCAGGCUCAGAGGAGAACGCCGAUGACUUCCUCGGAUGCAUCAACAUCCCUUUGAGUGAGAUCCCCGUCAUCGGCUAUGACAACUGGUUUAAGCUGGAGCCUCGAUCCAGCGCGUCUAAAGUUCAGGGAGAAUGUCACCUGAUUCUGAAGCUCUUCACCAGCCAGAGAGACACAGCUUUGUCCAAGAAGGACACAAAUGUCUCCAUUCACAAGAAACUUCUCAGUCAGAUUGUGGAGUAUGAGCACGCUCAUGUUAAGAGAGAGCCUUACAACUGGAAUGGGCAGGUUAGUCCUCCAGCGUGGACUGUGCUGACUCACCAUGCUGUGCAAACUGAUCUGUCACCUCUCCAACAGGCCAUUAUCCGCUGGCAGUGCUACAGCAGCCACCAUCGGACCCAGAGGGUGUGCUACUCCCUGCUGCUGCGCCUCCUGAGGGCCAUCGAUGCAGAAUGGGACCCUCCCACUGUGAGGGGAGACCUGGAGAGGCAGCUGUCAGACAGCUUCAGGCUGUACACAGAGCACUGCCUGUGCCUGAUGAAGAACAUGCGUCAGGUUUUCCCCUGCACCAGCGCUGCUGCCAUUACACGCUACGAGCUCAUGCUGAGGGGGAUUGGCUACAUGCAAAACAUGCGGGCGUUUAAGACUGUAUGUCCUCUUCGAAAUGAACUCCAUUUGGACAUCACUACUGCUGUCAAGAAAGGAACAGCAGAGUGGUAUGAGAGCUUAAUUGCACGAUAUAGACCAGAGGACGGGACUCUGGAGGAGCAGCUGAAGAAGCUGGUUCAAGUGGUGGAUGCUGUUUGUGCAGAUGUACAGAGAGCCCAGAACAUCUACAACAAACUCUACUACAGUGCUGUGAAAGUCGAUUUCUUCAGCAUAUCAUACAGGCAGUUGGAGAAACAGGUAGCUGAUGAUGUAAAUGUAGCAAUGGAGCGGGUGUGUGGGACUCUGGAGCAGGAGAGCUCCAGACUGACUCAAACAAUGGGAGAGACCAUCUUUGAGCUCUUCAUGUCCUUGAAAAUCCUCAAAGGCUUUCGGGAGUUUCUUCCGCUCAAGGAUGCUAAAAUGUUGGCCUUGACAGGCUUUCAUAACUGGUUCAAGUCAUCCAUUCAUAAGUGGCUGCAGAUCGUUCAUGACAGAUCCUGUGACAGGAUUCGUAAAGCAGUGGAAACAGACAAGCUGGAGCCUGUGCAGCAGGCCAAACACAGCUCCUCAGCAGUGGAAGUGGCAACCUGCUUCAGCCAGGUACGCGAGAUCUGGCUCCAGCUGGCCUGGCCAGACUCUGCGGGGGCCUUCAUCUUUGUCACUCGUUUGACAGACAAUUUCUGCAGUGAGGCUGUGUGCUACUCAGAGAUGAUAACACGCAAGAUUGAGAGGAACCAGCUGGGCCGAGACCACAAGAGCUUCACAGUGCAGCUCUGCAUCGCCCUGAACAACACAGAGCAUGUACGCGUUUUCCUGGGUCACCUGCCCCGCGACUUGGACUGGCAAGGUGUGGAGCGGGCCAUGGAGGAGUCAUGUGGGGUGGAGGGGAAGGAGCAGGUUUACAAGGCUCUCAAUGGCCAACUGUUCAACAUGGACUUGGACCUGCAGAGGGAGGCCAAACGUCUCAUCUCGCUGCUCACCGACAAGAUGCUGCCUGAGCUUCGGAGGUACAUCCAGCACAUCAGCCUGUCUCCAGACUCCAUCAACAAUGACGACGCUGUGUCCCCUCUCAUGAAGUACUUACAAGACACUAUGGUCAUCCUCACUGAAAACCUUGUAAAGGAGAACCUGACUAGAGUUCUCCAAAGCAUGUGGGAGCUGCUCCUGCGGAUGAUCCUGGACGCGGUCACAGAAAACAGAGGUGUUCAGGUGGAGUUUUACAACCGCUUCCAGUACACAGUGGAGACCGUGUUGCAGUUCUUCCAUGCUAGGGGAGAGGGUCUUUCCCUGGAAGACAUGAAGAGUGGAGAGUAUAAGGCCCUGGAUGAGGAGCUCAGGCUGAAUAAAUGUUCCUCCUUUGAGCUGAUUGAACAGUACUAUCUGGAGAAGAUCUCCCAGCAGAAAACACUCAAACACACCCGCUACGGUCGGAUCAGUGUGAAGUGCUACUAUGAUGCUCCAGAGCAGAGACUGACGGUGGAGAUCCUGCAUGCUGCAGAUAUCAUCGCAUUGGAUGCCAAUGGUCUGAGUGACCCAUUUGUCAUAGUAGAGCUCUGCCCUCACCACCUCUUCCCUAUGGCCAAGAGUCAACGCACGCAAGUGAAGCUCAAGACGCUGCACCCAGUAUUCGAUGAGCUCUUUUACUUCCACGUCAGUCCUGAACAGUACAGACACAGGUUUGCCUGUUUGACCUUCACUGUGAUGGACUACGACUGGCUUUCCACCAACGACUUCGCUGGUGAAGCCGUGGCUCCUCUCAGCGACUUCUGCUGGCCAGGGAGACCGAACGCCUCGCCCGCCGGAAAGAGCGUCCAGCCGGUCAUUCUGCACCUGUCUCGCAGUAAACCCAGUGAGAAGCCAAUCAUGAGGAUGCUGGACGCGCGCAUCGGAGACAGGGAGGCUCAGGAGUUUGUCCGCAGGCUGAAGGAGAUUGAGAAGUCAAUGGAGGAGGAGUAGAGGCUGUCAGCGCUGCCUGUGUCGGUGUUUUCUGAACCACGUCUUGCAACAUGUGCUUUUGUACUGGUACGAUGUUUACAAUAUUUGAAUUUUUCUUUUUUCCAAUAUUAUUGUUUGUUCAGUAAUUAUACCAAAAUGAAAAGAAAAAAAGGGAAACAGUGAGGCUUAUCGCUGUUUUCUCACUGGGAAAUGAACAUCCUGUCACUGUGCAACCCUAUGCUGUCUCAGUUAAACUAUAUUUUAGAAUUUAAUGGAUAGUUGAUCCUAAAUGUUACUAGUCUAUAUUUUUUGUAAUGAGGUAAUGUUAUCUUUGUUGUAUGAUCUUUGAUAUGAUAGAUUUAACAUUUCAGAACUAUUUUGUGGAAGUAGCUUACAUAUCCAAUAGUAUUCAGUCAAAGUCUAAAUCUAUACCUCAGAUAUGCUCAUUAGUUGCAGGGGAGUUUAACAGGUAUCGAGACUUUUCACAUUCUUUCACGGACAUUGUGGAGAUAAAAUGCAUGAAAGCCUAUUUAGGAUGUGAAAGCAUGAACUCACAUUCAUUUUCAAAAUCAUGUAGAUGCUCACCAACAAACAGCAAUGAAUAAAAGCACGUAUGUCAAGAAAAUCAUGAGGAAACAAUACAUAGCUUUGGGGAAUUGCACCUUCUGAGACUUGGUGUUUUAAGGCCAGUCAGACAGAUCAGCAGCAGGCAGGCCUGACACUCCCCCGAGGCACACGCCACAGCUCGGGUUCAUUUGACUUUUCAGAUUGCUCUUCACAAAGCUCAUGAUGGGUCAUUGCAGAGGCCAAAAACAGUGCUACCUUAGUGGUGGGAAGACCAAUUCUUUUAACUCAGUUCUUUAUUUCUGUGUGACACCGGUGAGUCAUCAGCUCUGUUGAAAUUCAUGUAAUGACUCACAUUCGCGCUCCUUUAAUUCAGGAUUAAUUGAUGCCAAAAAUUAAUGAAUUAGCAACUGACAUGGUAACAAAAAAAAAAACACACUGUUGUAGCUGUGCCAUAAAAUAAUUAAUUUAUGUGUGUGUCACACUAUGAAAAGAAGAAAGGAAUGAUCAUAGAUAGAAAGAAUUUGAGUGUUGACUGCAAAAUGUUGUUUAUCAUGACUAGACUGAAGCUAUUCUGAAAAGCAUUUAGAGUAUUUUGAAUAAAUAUACUUUUUAAAAAUCCUUUCAACUGAUAGUAGUCAAAUAACUACAUUUCAUGUCAGCAUGCAACUUGUGCAAAGAACAGCCCAGCUAAAGAUGCUGAUCACUGAUCACUGAUCACUUUUGUUCCUUGCUUGUGCUCCACUGGUAACAGGAAUUAUAUUCAGAAUCAUUCAGAAUUUCAUGGUUAUGGGGAUACACCAGGAGACACUGAUGACGGAUAAUUAAAAGGGAGAAGAUAACACAGUGUGUGGCACUGUGGCCUUAGUCCAGAUGGUAGAGCUUCAGAAAUGUUUCUUAGGAGAAACCCAGCUAAUUGUGGCUAAUGAGCUCACGUAGCGUUCAGAAAGUUCUGGAAGCAGCCAUCAAACCAGCAGAGCCUUUGUACAUGCAACUUUUAAUCGAUGCAGGCUCAUCACAGCCCAAAAUCUGAGCUUGUGUCUCAGUGUGGGGCCCAAUCUCUAGAGGUAAAGAGAAAGGAAAAGCGUAAUGAACCUGGGAAGUGGCAUAAUUAUACUUAAGGGGGAAAGACAGGAUCUGCCUGCCAGCUCUCAUCAGCCUGGCAGGCAUAAUUCAACACCAGCUCUCACCAGUCCUCCAAAGCUACAUGUCUGUGAGGGAAAGGUUAGGAUUUUAAUAUUACUGCAGAAAACACAACCUGGAAUCUAACUAUCGUCAUGUGGAGAACAUUAUGCAAUUGAAACAUUAAUAAACAAUUCAAGAAAGCACAAAUUCUAGCUUAAUAAUGGAGUACCCCAGAUUUUAAUCUCAUAACAGUGGUGUCCUAAUAAACUUAUAUUAUCGUAGCAGGGCUUGUUUCCUACUGAGAGUUUGAAUUAAACCAGGAGAAGGCUUAAAUCUAGAGCACUUUAUUCUGUUUUAAACACAAGACGUUUCGAAACGUCUUAAAUUUUCCAUUUUGAAAACAAGGUCCUGGACUAACGAGCUGAAUUUCAAUCACCUGUGUUGGCCCUCAGGUCGGCUCUCACUAACGAGGUUAACAGCAAACACCUGUGCCUCCCUAGUUAGAGCACAGAGACCCCACAGUAUAAAGUUCCCAAAUUUCUUGUGUCUCUGUUUACUGACCAUUAAUCUGACACUUCUGAUUUUUGGUUACUUUAGUCGUGGAGCAGUUUUAAUCUUCCUUCUGGGAAUUAGUUCAUUUAAUAGAAAGGGUUAAAUGCAGAAUGGUUCCAAACAAACCAUGUCUGUGAAUGCCAUCAAUCUGGUUUAAAAUGCCACUUUAGUCUUGACUACAGGCUUGUAUGAAAGUAGGAAACUGGCCCUUACUGUUGAAAUGUAGCUUAAAGUUUACAAUUGGUAAACAUGCAGUCAGACGAAGCAGCUCUAGGUUGGAGAAACUAGGUACACAAAACACCCAACAAACAAACCACGUGAUGUUUUUGAGUUUCUGCUAGCAUUCACAAAAAGAAGGAUGCACAAUCUGGCUCUCAAGAGCUAAUGUUGCCACUUAAAAAAAUGGCAGUUUUAUUUUAGAAAGACACCCUCCAGACAAACUAACGGGAUCACAAAGUAGUAACAUGUCUAGAGAAGAAACGCUGAUAAACACUGUAGCAAGUACUCAGAACUUAGCACCAAAACCUUCACACCGACAGCAUUUUGAUAGCGAUGUAUCUUUACAGUAGCUGCUUGUGUAAUGCUUUGUCGUUAACCCUGUGGAGUUGAGAGGAUGAAGCACGCAAAAACCAUAUCUAUGCCUGGGGAGUGUGCUGCAUUACAGGGAUUGUUCAGGUGUUAAAGAAGCCUGCCUUACCUAAUGGGAACGAGGAAUCCUUUCUGUCCAUCUGAACAGCACUUGCCUUUAUGUUUGAUAUUGUUUUUAAGAGAUUGUAGGCAGAAUAUGUUUGUUAGUAUUGUAACUGAAAAAUCAUCCUCCAUCUCCUGUUUUAACAUAAGUUGUCAUAAACAAAGAUAGGACUUCAAUAUAAUAUAUGUAAAUGGUUAAUCAGUCCAUUGAUUGAAAUAUUCUUUAUUUUCAGUGUUGCAACUGCAUUUUACAUGUAUCACUUUAAAACCAGGUUUUCUGGCCAGAUGUUUACAAAGAAAAAUGCAACUUCAUUUUGAGUGUAAACAACCAUUAUAUAGUCAAAUAAAGCUAAUAUUAUAUAAUCUAUAAUAGGUCACACUACAGAAGUGGUUUACAUCUUUCUAACAGCAUGGGAAGUUAAAUAAUAUUAAACAACAACAGUUUUAAAUGAAAAACAAUCUUUAUGUGAAGAAAACAGUCUUUUCCCAUUAAAUACAACUGUCUGUGUUAGUCACAGUAAUGUAGAUGUCCUUAUGUUGCCCAUAAACAGGCAAUCUGGUCAGUAUUAGUUGAAUGAGUUAUUGAAGUAUGUUCAGUGAAUUCAUAGUAUUAUCUAUUUAUAGUAUUCAUGUCCUAUAAAGUGCAUUUUAUAAAAUGGCCAUAAUGGGGGGAAAAAAAGAGACAAAGGUCAAAGGCCUUAUAUCUAGUUUGGAAAACAUGGCAAAAGACAUCAGACUGUGAAUUAACAGAACAUCAUCUAAACUUCAGUUCAUAAUUGUCAUGUUUUAUUUGAGGUAUUAAUAUAGAAGUAUUGUUAACUGAGUAUUUGGUUUGUGGUCUGCCAGCCAAAUUUAAAGGCAACAGCUGGUGAAAUGUAUCUUCAAGAGGCAAAACACCUUCAAUUUGUUAUCGUAAAAGUGAAUUAUUUGUCCUUGAAUUGUAAAUGCCUGUGUUGCUGUUUAUUGGAUUAUACCUUUGGGAGAUGUCUAUGACCUUGAAUAAAGAUUGUAUGUAAAUUUGAA